GGUCAGAGCGACACAAUGAUGCUCCUCCGAAACAAUGAUGCAGGCGUCGCCCACCUCCAAGCUCCUCCUGCUCCAUUCUUCAAACCCCCCAUAAAUACCGAGGCUCCUGGACACACUCUUCAUCCGAUCUUCUGGGAGACUUCUCCUACAUCGGAUCAUCUGCCGCUGAGACUUGCUGAGAGAGAACCAAGCAAAGCUUUCACCAUGAGGGUCCUUCUCAUCUGCUGUGCUGUGUUCCUGCUGGCUAUAGUCGGCACCGAAGGUGUCAAAAGGCAUUGCAACCAACACUGUUAUGGCUACUGCAGCUCCAAAUGCAGGUACUAUGAGACUUCACAGCUGAACUGCGCCUGCAGCCACCGCGGGCACUACUGCUGCAUCCCACGACCACAGCCGCAACCGCGCCCAAACUACCAUCCUCCACCACCUCCUCCUCCUCCUCCUCCACCACCACCUCCUCCUCCUCCUCCCCCUCCUCCCCCUCCUCCACCACCACCACCUCCAAAAUAUCACCAUCCUGCUCCACCACCUCCACACAAAUACCCAUACAGACACUACAAAGCGUGAGCGCCCGGGAGACCAUAAGGAGAGGAGUUUCGGAUGCCAGAGCCAUCUCUUCGAUGCUCCACAAAGAUAGGCUGUCUCUCUAAAUGAAUGAAUAAAUAAAUAAAUAUGGGUCAGCCCUUAAACUA